CAGAAAAGGAGCAGAAUGUGCGCCGUGCGGCUGCUGCGGGGCUCGGUGCACCAGCGGCUCUGCGCCGCCGCAGAAGACGUUCUGCUGCGGGUGGAAAGAGGAGAAUGUUGGGCCGAACUCCCGGCGCUCAGAGCGCUGCUCACCGAGCGGCUGACGGCGGCUGCGGAGGAGAUCGUCGGUCUGCUGGAGGAAACCGUGGCGGAGUACGAACACCGAGCGGAGCGCUCCGAGCGGGAGGUCUGCCGCCAGAGGAGGCUGCUGGAGGCCGUGCUGAAGCCCGAAGUCCGGCUGCAGCGAGCAGACUGUCUGCAGGAGCUGACCCUGAACCAUAGAGACCUCCAGCCUUCAGUGGACCCUGCAGACCUGAACCACAGAGACCUCCAGCCUUCAGUGGACCCUGCAGACCUGAACCACAGAGACCUCCAGCCUUCAGUGGACCCUGCAGACCUGAACCACAGAGACCUCCAGCCUUCAGUGGACCCUGCAGACCUGAACCAGGCGGCAGCUAAACCCGUGGACAGCGAUGCUUCCUGCCCGUCUGCGCUUCACUCUCCUUCUCCUACCGGCGAUCCGCCCGCCUCGCCGAGCAGCUCGGCCGUCCACAGCGACUGUGUUCCAGACAGGAAGUGGACCGGACGCGGUCAGACUCUGAGACCUUCGUGGAAAAAGAAGCGAGGACGGCCGCCGCUCGCCAUCAGGAACAAACGGAAGAGGUCGACUCCGGCUCAGAGCUUCAGCUGUUACGCGUGUGGACGCUCUCUGCAGGGGAAAGGCUUCCUGCUCAAACACGUCCUGCAGGUCUGCGCCAAGGACUCGGACUGCUGCUGCGGCUUCUGUGGCGAGCGGUUGGACUCCGCUGCCGACCUGACGGCUCACCUACAAACACACCAGGUGAAGAGUAAAACCUGUUCUUUCUGCGGGAAAACCUUCCAAUCAAUUCUGGCACAGGAGCUGCACAUGCGUCUGCACACCGGAGAGAAACCGCACAGCUGCGACAUCUGCGGAAAGAAAUUCAGCCAGAAAGGAAACCUGUCGUCACACAUGCGCAUCCACGCCGCAGAGAAACCCUUCAAGUGUAAAGAGUGCAGCCGGGCCUUCUAUCACAUGACGUCUCUAGAGCGCCACAUGCAGGACCACAGCGGGCAGGAGGUGCACUUCUGCAGCGUCUGCGGUCAGGAGUUCAGGAUGCGGCGCAGCCUGCGCCGACACAUGGCAACUCAUCAGAAGGAAGCCGUGGACAAACCGAAGAGACGCCGCAGCUCGCUGCGGUCCUUCCACUGCAAAGCGUGCGGAGACGCCUUCGACAAGAGGACCUUAUUGGUGGAACAUGUGGAAACUCACGUGCAGGACCCGGACUGCUGCUGCGGACUCUGUGGACACCAGUACGAGUCCGCCGCCAGCCUCGCCGCUCACCUGCACUCCCACCGCGAGAUCGGCAAUACCUGCCACGUCUGCGGGAAGUGCUUCAGUGCUCAGGCGGCGCUGCUGAUGCACAUGAGGAUCCACACCGGAGAGAAACCGUACUCCUGCAGCUCCUGUGGGAAGAGCUUCAACCAGAGCGGCAACCUGAAGACGCACCUGAAGACCCACACCGGGGAGAAGGCGUUCUCCUGCAGCCUCUGCGGGAAGGGAUUCACCCAGAAACAGACUCUGGACACUCACGUCCGCUUCCACAACAAAGAGAGACGCUUCCUGUGCCAAGUGUGCGGGAAGGGCUUCAUGCAGGAAGUGGACCUGAAGAGACACAUGCUGAUCCACACCGGAGAGAAACCGUACAGCUGCCGGGUCUGCGGGAAGAGCUUCCAGGCCAAACGGUCGCUCAACGGUCACUUCAAAGUCCACACGGCUGAAGGGGGGGGGUCGGGCCCAGAGCCGGAUCAGACCUCAGAUCAGCAGAGGACGGACGGUCUGUACUCGGGCUUCAUCCAUCUGACGGAGCUCCGGACCGGGAUGUCUCUGACCGAAUCCCCGCCGCGCUGCGGGCUCCGGGCCCUGGUGGCGUCGGUGUCAGAGCAGCUGACCCGGGUGGUGGAGGAGGUGAUGAGGAGGCUGGAGAAGCUCAGCCGCUCCGGGUCACCGGCUGCUGCGGCCGCUGCAGCUGCUGCUCACCGAGCGGCUGGCGGCGGCGGCGGAGCGGAUCGUGGAGCUGCUGCAGCGGGAGAUGGAGGAGGACCGGCGGCAGCUGGAGCAGCAGAAGCGGCUGCUGGAGGCGGUGCUGGGCCCCGUGGUCCGCCUGAACCGGACCGACUCCAUCAGGACGACCGAAAACAAACCAGCCCGCCCCCCCACGGCUCCGCCGUCAGAGGUCGGCCCCCCACGGUUCCACCCAGAUCUGACUCCUCAGAUGUCUCUGCAGCCGUCAGCGGCGACGACUCGUCCAGUUUUACAGAAACACUCAGGACAGACGGAGGACGACAGAUGCGCCCGGCGGCGUCCUGCUGUCUGAUCUGUGGAAAAACGUUCCGUCACAAAGGGAAUCUGGUGAAACAUGCGGAGACACACCCGGACCGCCCGGAGUGUAGCGUCUGUGGACAACAGGUCGCGUCCUCAGACGGUUUGUUGGACCAUCUCAGGUCUCACAGAGAAUCCGGCGGCUCGUGUGAAAUCUGUGGGAAGACGUUUCAGAACAUGGAGACGCACCUGAGGAGUCACACGGGAGUCAAACCGUUCAGCUGCAACGUCUGCACCAAGGGCUUCCCCCGACCCGGAGCGCUGAGGAGACACAAGAAGAUCCACAGCAGGAGGACACCCGACAUCUGUCCCCUCUGUGGACUGACCUUCACCCAAAACCAGCUGCUCCUAGAUCACCUGAGGACACACGGAGACGAGGACGGAGAUGAGGACGGAGAUGAGGACGGAGAUGAGGACGGAGAUGAGGACGGAGACGAGGACAGUCAGUCUGAGACGCUGAAACAAAAGAAAGACCGAAGGCAGAGGUCUGGACAGAAGUCGUCUCCGGCGUCCUCGCUCUGCUGCAGAGUCUGCAGCGACUCCUUCCACAGCCGAGGGUUCCUGAGGAAACACGCCGAGACGCACUGCAGAGACGCUCAGAGCGUCUGUGGCGUCUGUGGACAGACGCUGGACUCACCUGACGGUCUGCUGACUCACCUGCAGUCCCACAGAGAGACCGGCGGGACCUGCAGCAUCUGUGGGAAGAGUUUCCAGAACAUGGAGACACACAUGCGAAGCCACACGGGAGUCAAACCGUACCAGUGCCGAGUCUGCAACAAGCGCUUCCCCCGACCCGGAGCGCUGAGGCGCCACAAGAAGAUCCACAGCGACGACCGGCCGCACGCCUGCCGGCACUGCGGGAAGACGUUCACGGAGAGCAGCGCCCUGAAGACUCACAGCCGGAGCCACUCACGGGAGACGGAUGAGGACGCAAAACCUCCGCAGGACUCUCAGAGCGCCAAGUCUGAGACGGAGACGAGUCUAAGUGUCCAAGAGAACGCCACGGAGUCAACCCCGAUGUCCGCCGGCUGUAAAGUCUGUGGAGAGUCUUUCCAGAGUAAAGGUAGUCUGAGGAAACACGCCAGGAGUCACUCGGCAGAGUCCGUCUGCGGCGUCUGCGGUGAAAGUUUACCGCCGACCGAGACUCUGACGGACCACCUGCAGACCCACAGGGACGCCGGUAAAAUCUGUCACAUCUGUGGUAAAACCUACCAGAACAUCGAGACGCACAUGCGGAGUCACACCGGAGUCAAACCGUACUGCUGCUCCGUCUGCGGUAAGUCCUUCCCGCGGCCCGGCGCCCUGCGGCGCCACAAGAGGAUCCACAGCGGCGAGCGGCCUUACAUCUGCGAGUUCUGCGGGAAGACGUUCAUCGAUAACGGCGCUCUGACGACGCACAUCAGGAACCACACCGGGGACCGACCGGCGCAGCGUGUCUCCUGUGAGACCUGUGGGAGGAGCCUGGCGUCGGUCCACGUCCUGGAGGUCCACAAGAGGAUCCACACCGGCGAGAAGCCGUUUCAGUGCCGCGUCUGCGGAAAAGCCUUCAGGCAGGUGGGAGGGCUGAACGCCCACAUGCUGACCCACACCGGAGAGAAGCCGUUCAGCUGCAGCUUCUGCAACAAGAGCUUCAGCACCAAAGGAUACUUGGAGACCCACAUCCGCUUCCACAAGAAGGAGCGAGCGUUCAGCUGCCAGAUGUGCUGGAAGGCCUUCGUCACCAAGAACGACCUGAAGAAACACCUGUUGACGCACAGUGGAGAGAAACCCUACGGCUGCAGAGUCUGUGGGAAGAGCUACCAGGAGAAACGCUCCAGAGACGUCCACAUGAAGGUCCACAUGAAGGUCCACCUGGACGCCCGGAGCACCAAAGAACCAAUCAGGAGGCCGGACUUCAUCCAGCUGUAGUUCAGACGGACAGAUGUCUCCUUUUAUAGCAAUAAAAUAAAUAAAACACAUAUUCAGAUGUUUUUCUAAGAAGAGCUGCAGCUAACGAUCACAUGACCACCAAACGAUCAACAUGGUUUAAAAACAGUUUUCUCAUUUCUGUCCAUCAGCUGAUUGAUUACUGACAUUUAUUCCAGUGGAGACACGAGGAGGAAAAUACAUAAAUAGUUCUUAAAAAGAGAAAAAAAGGUGUUAAAAGGUUUUUUAAACGUACAUGUUCAUGGUUUAAACCAAUAGAUGGAAUCAAUCAGAAUUACCCACAAUUCAUAGCAAUCACCAGAGGAAACAUGGAGACAUGAAGGAUUAAAGAUGGAACAGAGAUUAUAAUAAACAGAUUUAUUCAUCAAACAUUUCAUUUAGUUAUUGAAGCUGUUUUGACAAAAACAAAUAAAUAGAAAGAUUCUAGAAGACGUUCAGAUCAGAGAGUAAAGAAUAUAAAUAAAUAACCAUGACUGUACUUAACAUUUUGUGUCGUUGUCAUGGUAACGUGGUAUGUUGGUAUUUACACCGUUUAAAACCCAUUUACCAGCUGACGUCAGAGCCCUGAAGGUUCAGGGUUUAACACCAGGACUGGACCUGAGACUCUCAAUGACUUCCUGUUUUUGUCUUUACAGCUGAGGUGUAAAUUAAAAUAUAUUCAAAC